AUGGUGACCCCAGAUCUGUUGUACCAGGACAUCGCCGAGCAAUGGGGAAGGCAGAUCCAGAGUUUACAUUUUCUUUAUGCCGGCGAAGGCGCAGACAAUGGAGAAAGAGACGGCGGAGUCGCGCAAUCAAGACACCUUCUUCUCUCAUCGCUGCCUGCCUCCUUCAUCGUCAUCGUUGUUGCCGCCCUCCUCCAUCGUCAUCUCUGGCUACCAUUCUUCUUUUGUCGCCGCUUACCUCCAUCGCAUGGCUCUUUGGACGUCUCGUAG